AUGGUAUCAGAUGCAAGAUUUUUGCCACCUGCCGCUGCUCUAUGUUCACUAUUGAGUGUCGCGAGACUCAUGCAUAAUGUCUUCCUCCAACGCUCUCAGAUCAUCAAAACUGGUCUCAUGGAAUAGAACUGGGAGGCUGCAGCAAACCCUAGCGGAUUGCGUGGAGCGGCAAGGCAAGGCGUUGCAUUCGGGAAAGGUUUCGACGGUGAGACUGUGUCCCGAACGCGCUUCCCGAGGCAGGUACUUCGAUUUUCGUUCCAAUUUCGUUCCCGCCUCUGUUGAAUUCGCUCAGGUCUCGCCCCUCUGCACCACUCUGUACAAAGGCGGGUUCCGAAUUCGAACCGUGGAGCACUUGCUUUCGGCUUUGGAGGCUUCGGGUGUCGAUAAUUGCAGGAUCGAGAUUGAGGAUUCGGAUACUCAAGGACACGACGCAGAGAUUCCUAUAUUUGAUGGGUCAGCAAGGGAAUGGGUGGCUGCAGUGGAAGAAGUUGGUUUGACAGUGGCCACUGAUCUUGAUGGCAAAAGUGUUGAGAAAAUGGCACCACAUGUGAAUGAACCAGUGUAUGCUUGGAGAAAUGAUUCUUUUGUUGCUGCAUUUCCUUCAGAAGUGGUUCGAAUAACUUAUGGCAUUAACUUUUCGCAGGCACCUGUUAUUGGCUGCCAGUGGUUUUCUACACCCCCCUUGGAUAAUUUGGUGUAUUCCAUGCAGAUAGCUUUGUCAAGAACCUUCUGCAUUUAUGAAGAGGUUGAGCAAAUGCGCAAUGCUGGACUUAUCAAAGGAGGUUCUCUAGAAAAUGCCAUUGUGUGCAGUGCCAGUAAAGGUUGGUUGAAUCCACCUUUGCAUUUCAGUGAUGAACCAUGUCGUCACAAGAUCUUAGACCUUAUUGGUGAUCUGUCACUGUUUGCCCAGUUUGGGAAUCAAGGACUCCCAGUGGCUCAUAUCGUUGCGUACAAGGGUGGCCAUGCAUUGCAUACUGAUUUGGCACGCCGCCUGAUAGGAAUGAUUUGAGAGGCUAUCAUGUUGCCAGUGGUUUACUAAGAAGUUAUUGGUAUUUUAGGUGACUUCGUUGGAGUAGUUGUUCAACCUGAUGCUUCUGAGCUCUUAUUUAUGUGCAGCCAAGGUGGAAGAAGAAAUGCUGAAAUUCCUAAACAUCUUGUAUUAUUAUUCUGUCUCUUCAUUGUUUCUAUCGUCAUCAAUUUUGUAAUGAAAGCAUCCAAGCAAACCAUUUUGUAAAAGAAAGCCAUUCAAUUUUCCAUCAUUUCAGAUUUUAUAGGGAAGCCGUAUAGCCAUAAUCAAGCUCAAAGAUGCUUCGACAACAUUUGAUGGAAUUAUGAUUUAAUUCAAUUUUUAUGCUAAUAGUAGGAAUCCAUCUUUCAAAUCUCUCGAA